AUGUUGCGCGCGUCAAAGGGCGUUGGGCCGGUCCCGUCAGGGGCCUCCGGCGGCCCAUUGAAAAAUUCGCCAACGAACAGAGAGCGCGUACUGAACGCCAACCACGCUGCACACGAUCUUCUCAAGGAAUUGGGAAGGGGUCAGAACGCCAAACCAACCCCUAAAGUCGUCAACUUCCUCCGGCAGGUGGAAGACCUGACGAAGGACCUCCUGUCGACGCCCCUGACCGAUUGGCAGCAGGAGCUCGAAGCGCUGCGCAGGGAUCUUAAGCAAGAGAUCCAGGCUGUCAAAGCAGCAGUAGAACCGCCAGUGAGGCAGACGGUUCGAUCAUUCGCAGAUAUGGUCCGCACAAUGCCUGCGCCAGCGCACUAUCUCUCCUCGAGCAGCUCCUCGAGCUCGCCAACGCGCCCAUCGGAGGUAGCACGUGACCGCGAAGUGGUAGUCUGUCUAGGCGACCGCUCGCAGGUUAGUGUGUUCCGCCGUCUAACGAGUGCUGAGCUCACCAAGCGGGCAAACCAGGCUAGGGCGAAAGCAGCCAGAACCACAGGCACGCCGGCCCUCGCAUCGGUCAAAAUCAUCGCAUCGCGCCAGCUGAAAUCAGGCGAUCUCCGAUUCACCGUGUGCGAUGCCAAGGAAGCCGAAAUCAUGCGAAUCCACCGCGAUAAGUAG